AUGCGACCACAAAAACGUCAUCGAUUUGUGCAUCUGGCGGCAACUGUGAGCUGGGGAGAAAUUGGGUUGUCAUGAUGAAAAUCGAUUUUUCCAUAUGUGAAUUUCCCCAAAUAACCUUCAAAUUUUUUAGAUAUGCAGUUCGGCCAGCGCUGUGUUAUCAUUUCCACAGCGCGCUCGUCCCGACGGCACUGAUCAGAUGAGUCCGGUGGAGCAGUUCCUUUACGGGCAGCAGACGCUGAUUCACACAUUCGGCACGCCGGAGUCAUGCGCGCGGAAUUGUCCGCGCGCCUGCACUGUGCAAGAGGUGGAGGACCUGAUGAUGCCACGGUGGAUAUGCCCUUCUAAAGUGGGUUUUGAAAAGAAUUUUGGGAAGUUUGAAUAUUCAAAUUUUUGGGUUUUUGAAAUUUGAAAACUUCAUUUUCUAAAUAAAGAAAAAGCUAUGGAGGCAUGAACCUUUACAAAAAGACGAUUUUUAAAUCUAAAUAUGUAAAAUUUUUUUAAUUUUAAAAAUUUGCAUAUUCAUUUUUUUUUUGAUUUUUUAUAUUUUUUGGCCACUGGAUCUUGUUGAAGCUUAAAACACGAUUUCUGAGUCAGUGAAUCAGCCGCCAGUUAGGCCUGGACAUAGGAAAAAAUCGAUUUUGAGUUUUUGAUUUUAAAAUGACCGCAGGCAUCCAGUAAACAUAUUCCUGAAGUAUUUUUGCCUAGUUCUCUCAUUAACCUACUGUAAUUUACAAUUUAAUGUUUUUUACAGUAAUCGACUAUAGUGGUUCAAAGGUCCUCCCUGAUAGGAGUUCAAUGGAGUCCCCGAAAGCCACACCAAAGUCCCAAAUAUCCCAGCGGAACUAUCCAAAGGAAUAAAAGAACGCCAAUAA